AUGAUACCUUCAAUAAUCCGAAAAUCAUCUGUGAUCUUUAUUCGAACAUAUACGAAAUAUAUAUCAUUCCGAAAGCAUCCAAAAUUAUUCUAUUCCCGAAACAGUACUUCAACAUCUAUUAUGUUAAAAAGUGCAAGACAAGUUGUACCAUUUAAUAAAGUACAAGGUGUAGCUUCAACAAAUGUUCAUGCAUAUUCAAAUGGUGAUGAUGAUUUUUUUUCUGUUGAACGUCAUUAUUUACAUGGAAUAUUUAUGGGUUUUAAAUGGCAAUGUGUUGAAUUUGCACGUCGAUGGUUAUUAAUGCGUAAAAGUUGUAUAUUUCAACCGGUAGGACAUGCUGCUGAUAUGUGGCAUGAUUUAAAAUUUGUUGAACGUGUUACUGAUGGUAAAAAAUUUCCUUUAAAAUUAUUUCCAAAUGGUUCAUCACAUAAACCAAAACGUGAUUCAUUAUUAAUUUAUUCACGUAGUACAGAAUUACCAUUUGGUCAUGUUGCAGUUAUAUGUGAUAUUGUACCUAAUUUUAUUCGUAUAGCUGAACAAAAUUUUAUUUAUCAUAGUUGGUCAGAUAAUUAUGCACGUGAAAUUCCUAUUGUUAUUAAAGAUAAUUGUUAUUUUCUUGAAGAUGAAGAUGAAAUAUGUGGAUGGAUUGAAAUUGAAGAUAAUGAUGAAUUACAACCAUUAGAUGAAACAAAACUUGAUUCAAUAUUAAAAAAAUAUCAAGAAGCUAAACCUAUAGGUACAUUAAAACGUUGUUCAAUAACAGAUAAAACUUUUCAUUCAAUGAAUAAUUGGUUGAAUAAAGAUGAUCCAGCAGAAAAAUAUUUCAUGGAUUUAUUUGGUGCAAAUUUAAUACGUGCUGAUACAGAUACAUUACCUUAUUAUAAAGUUGAUCAAGAUUUAACAUUAUCUAUAGGUAGUACAUCAAAUGAAUUACAUGAAAUGUUUAUGGAUGCAACAAAUUAUGUUAUUCAAAAUGAUGAUAUAUUAAAAAAUUUUUGUAUACCAGAAAUUUUUUGGCCUAAAAUUCGUGAAUCAUGGUUACAUGAAAGAGAUUUAGCAAUGACUGGACGUUUUGAUUUAGCAUUUGAUGGUCAACAAUUAAAAACAUUUGAAUAUAAUGCUGAUAGUGCAUCAGCAUUAUUUGAAAUGGCAAUUAUACAAGAAAAAUGGGCACAAGCUGUUAAACUUAAUCAUACAUUUAUGUCUUCAUUUCAAUUACAUCGUUUAUUAGUUAAAAGUUGGAAAAAAAUUUGUUCUAAUUUAAAUAUAAAUUAUGUUCAUUUAUUAAUUGAUAAUGAUAAAGAUGAAAUUUUAACAGCACUUUAUAUGCAAAAUGUUUUAAAAAAUGCAAAUAUUGAAUCAAAACUAUGUAUUUUAUUUAAUAAUUUAUAUUGGAAAGAUUCAAAAAUAAUUGAUAAUGAUGGUAAUGAAGUUAAAUUAAUAUGGAAAACAUGGAUGUGGGAAACUAUUUUUAGUGAUUAUUUACAAGCUGAACAAAAUGGAAAUUUAAAUAGAAAAAUUAAUAAUGAACAUCCACGUUUAUGUGAAAUUGUAUUAAAUGAUCAUAUAAAAGUUAUUGAACCAUUAUGGAAAGUAAUACCAAGUAAUAAAGCCAUAUUACCUAUUUUAUGGUCAAUGUUUCCUAAUCAUCCACAUUUAUUAUGCACUGAAUGGACAUUAACAGAUAAUUUAAAACAACGUGGUUAUGUUAAAAAACCUAUUGUUGGUCGUUGUGGACAUAAUGUUACUUUAUUUAAUGCUAGUGGAGAUUCUGUUCUUGAUGAAACACAAGGAAAAUUUAUUGAUAGAAAUAUAAUCUAUCAAGAAUUAUUUUUAUUACCAAAAUAUGAAGAUUAUUAUGCUAUAAUUGGUAGUUGGAUUGUACAUGGACUAUUUGCAGGAUUUGGUAUACGAGAAGAUAAAAAAUUAAUAACAGAUGCUGAGAGCCCUGUAACAGCUUGUUCAGUAGUAUGGAAAUAA